GGGAAAGGGGAGAGGCGGGCGGCGGCGGCGCUCCCGCAGCCCGGGCCGAGAAAGAGGCCGGCGGGGCCGCCCGCUGCUGCUGCGGAGCCAGAUGUGCGGGACGGGAGGCGGCCAGGGGCCCGCGGGGGGGUGCUGGGGGCUGCCGCCGCCUCUGCUGCCGCGGCCGGGGGGGGCCCUUUAGCUGCAAGCCGGGCAGCCGCAUCGGGAGCUGCUGUUUUCUUCCCCUCCUUCCUUCGCCUUUCUUCUCCUCCCUCCUCCUCCUCCUCACCAAAACCGGGAGAGGAGGCGUGUUCGCAGAGCCUUGCUGCACCGGUUUUGCUUGGUUCGCUGUUGCCGGGUUUGGUUCGCAGGGUGAUUGGGCUGCGGGAUUUUUUGUGUGCUUUCUUCUUUUAUUUUUUUUUCCCCCUUUUUUUCUUUCCCUUUUCCCUCUCCCGUGGCCCUUCGCAUGCUCGGCUCUGGCUGGAUCCUUCCCUUUAUUUUCGGCGGUGCCGCUCGGAGGGGGAAGGGAGCGCGGGGAUGAGUGCAGCCUGACGCACGGGCACGGCGAGGGGGGCCCGCCGCCAGCCGCAGCCCUCCGCUCCCGCAGGGCGAGGGGCUCGCCGCCGCCGCCCCCUCCCCUCGCCCCGUUCCGCCGCAAGGUGUGCGUGCGCGGACGGCAGAAGAGGGAGGAGGAGGAAAAGCCGCCCUCCGCCUCGCCGGCAGCCGCCGGGCGCCAGGGCUGCCGCCGUGCUCCCCCCCUAUGUAAGGCCCCCCGGGCGGCCGCAUGGCGAUAGAGCGGCGCCGUGAGGCGGGCGGCGGGGGCCGGCCGCUGCCCGAGGAGAACGGCUCCGUGCCGGGAGCCGCCGCUCCCCCUCCGGGGUCGCCCCCCGCCGGGGUCGCCGAGAUCCAGGCGGUGCCGCCGCCCGCCGCCGCCUGCAGCCCGCUGCUACUCGACUACGACGGCUCGGUGCUGCCCUUCCUCGGGGGGCUGGGCGGCGGGUACCAGCGCACCCUGGUGCUGCUCACCUGGGUGCCGGCCCUCUUCAUCGGCUUCAGCAAGUUCUCGGACUCCUUCCUGCUGGACCAGCCGGACUUCUGGUGCCGGCAGGCCGACGGGCAGGGCAACUGGAGCGUGGCUCCCGGCCACGGUAACCGCAGCGGCAACGGCAGCAUCUUUCCCCCGGCUGCUCUGCCCACCCCCGUCGCGGGGAACGCCAGCGAGUGCGAUUGCCACGAGUGGCACUACCGCAUCCGGGCCGGCCUCGUCCAGAACGUCGUCAGCAAGUGGGAUCUUGUUUGUGAUUCUGCCUGGAAAGUCCACAUUGCAAAAUUCUCCCUACUUGUAGGAUUAAUCUUCGGUCAUUUGAUAACAGGAUGUAUAGCUGACUGGGUUGGUCGGCGGCCCAUACUGCUCUUCUCUGUCAUAUUCAUUUUGAUAUUUGGACUGACUGUGGCACUCUCAGUGAAUGUGACAAUGUUCAGCACACUCAGGUUUUUUGAGGGGUUUUGCCUGGCUGGAAUAGUCCUCUCCCUGUACGCAUUGCGGAUAGAGCUCUGCCCUCCUGCACAUCGGUUCAUGAUCACCAUGGUGGCAAGCUUCAUUGAAAUGGCGGGGCAGUUCCUGAUGCCGGGGCUGGCUGCUCUCUGCAGGGACUGGCAGGUCCUCCAGGCUGUCAUCAUCUGCCCCUUCCUACUGAUGCUGCUCUACUGGGUUAUUUUCCCAGAGUCCCUACGGUGGCUGAUGGCUACGCAGCAGUUUGAGGCAUCCAAGGAACUUAUCCUGCAGCUCACGCGCAAGAACAGGAUGAACACAGAAAGUGACAUCAAAGGAGUGGUGCCUGAGCUGGAAAAGGAGAUCACUAGGAGAUCGAAGAAAGUCUGCAUAAUCAAAGUGGUGGGAACCAGGAACCUGUGGAAAAACAUUGUGGUACUGUGUGUGAACUCGCUGACUGGCUAUGGCAUUCACCACUGUUUUGCAAAAAGCAUGAUGGGGCACGAAGCGAAGAUGACGCUUACCCAGAACUUCUAUGCAGACUACUAUACCAUGGCUGGGAUUGCGCUGGCAUCCUGCCUGGCCAUGUGCCCUGUGGUUGGCUUCCUGGGGAGGAGAGGAGGGCUCCUGCUCUUCAUGAUUCUCACAGCCCUGGCAUCGCUUCUGCAGCUGGGCCUUCUGAACUUGAUUGGAAAAUACAGUCAACUUCCAGACUCAGGUAUGAGUGACAGUGUCAAGGACAAGUUCUCUACCGCAUUUUCCAUUGUGGGGAUGUUUUCUUCGCAUGCUGUUGGAAGUCUCAGCGUAUUCUUCUGUGCCGAAAUCACACCCACAGUAAUAAGGGGCGGAGGGCUGGGGCUGGUCCUGGCCAGUGCAGGUUUUGGCCGCCUGACUGCCCCCAUCAUGGAGCUGCACAACCAGAAAGGCUACUUCCUGCACCACGUCAUCUUUGCCUGCUGUACGCUCAUCUGCAUCAUCUGCAUCCUGCUGCUGCCGGAGAGCAAGAACCAGAACCUGCCCGAGAACAUCCCGGACGGGGAGCACUACACCAGGCAGCCCCUCCUGCCUCACAAGAAGGGCGAGCAGCCCCUGCUCCUCACAAACUCUGAACUCAAGGACUACUCGGGCCUUCACGACUCAGCAACUGUGAGCGAUGGCAUCUCGGAGAACACCACUGCCAACGGGAUGAAGUCUAUGUAACUGGGUGGAUUUUCUCCUUUUUCUUCUUGGUUUUUGUUUCUUUGGUGGGUUUUUUGUUGUUGUUUUGUUUUUGUUUUCCCUUCUCCCCUUCCUUUUGUAUUUUAUUUGAUGCUGUUGUGCAGGAGGAACAGCACUUUGGGCAACGGUGUUUUGCGCAGGUUUUACGAACCGGCAACGGAGCAGAUGUAGACUUGGGGGAAUUCAACUCUGUUGCUAAAGCAACUCGUAGGAGUCAUCAGCUGUUGUGUGGAUCACUCUUGAAAAAAUCAUGGGGGAAAAUACUCCUCUGAGAAAGGACCUGGCUGGAGGUAGCCCUUCAGAACUCUUUUUUUCCUGCCAUUAAAUAUGUAUAUUUAUUUUGAUUUAUUCUCAAGAAGCACUUUAUUUCCUUUUCCUUUCAUAGAUCACAAAAAUGAAGCCAUCUUAUUAUAAGAGGUGCAGCCAUUCCAAGAAAGAAACCAUGGGGGGAGGGGUGGAGGGAAGAAGGGAGGUUGUUUUUUGUUUCCUUUUUGUGUUCCUUUAAAGGAAGGAGGUAUCACUGCAAAGUUGAACCUUGACUUGUGCAACAUUCUUCUGCCUGUCUAGAAAGGCAAAGCACCCAGGUUGCCUGCUGUGUUUGUAUACACCAAAAAAAAAAAAAAAAAAAAAAAAAAAAAAAA